GUUCCACACCGGUUCAUUCACAAAGCCACUCCGGAUUACUCCAACUCUGUGAGAAGCUCCUUCUCCGGACUGAACCACUUUGUUGUGUCACAACUUUUCACAAAAUGAAAAUGUCCGCGACUGAGCUCUCCCAGGUGCUCAAGGAGGGCGAGCUGGAGAAGAGGAGCGACAAUCUGCUCCAGUUUUGGAAGAGGAAGACGUGCGUCCUGACCACGGACAGCCUCAAUAUGUACGCCGACACGCAGAAGCGCUCCCGGGGCAAAGAGCUGAAGCUGCAGUGCAUCAAGAAGGUGGACUGCGUGGAGCGCACCGGCAAGUUCGUCUAUUUCACCAUCGUCACCACCGACAACAAGGAGAUAGACUUCCGCUGCUCCGGGGAGGACAACUGCUGGAAUGCGGUCAUCACCAUGGCUCUCAUCGACUACCAGAACCGGAAGGCCAUAGAGGAUUUUAAGACGCGCCAGGACAAUGAAAGCGCGUCCCCGGGCCAGCAGGAGAGGCGCAUGGCGAGGGCGCCCUGAGACCCCCCCCCACCCAUCAUUAAUAUCUCCUAAUAUGGGCGUGUGUGGAACCACACAAGAAAUAAUCAUUCUUCGGACCAAAAGAAAAAGGGACAGAUGACGUCAUCCGGUCCAGACAUGAAGGAUUGUGGACUGAGCUGUCAUGGUGACUCUUCUAAAGCUCCCAGCAGAGAUUUUCCAAACUGCACUCACAUGGACUGAAUAGUGAAGUUUGCUCGACAGGGUGGGAAAAGAAUAAAAGAAAACAAGUUAAUUUAUUUGUUUCCAGGAAAUGGUGUCUAUACUGGUAAACUUGUGUAUUGUUUAAAUUAUUUGCUAUCUGGAAGUGUGGAAUGUGUGUAUUUAUUGCAAUAAAUAUAUGUGCUUUUUUUGGACAUAAUCUGAACUUUUCUUCAUGUUUUAUUUUUCUCAGAAGUGCUCAAAAUGACAAUGCUUGUAAGAGUGAGGCAUUUUGGUGCUGAUUGAGGACAUUUGACUUAAUUUCAUUGCGUGGGGAAGUGGAUCCAAAUUUGAUUUCAAAAGGCUUUCU